CAUUCCAUCCAUGCAACUCCAUGGGACUUGCAACAAAAACAACAGGACGAUCCUUGUUCCAGCAACAUUUUGGAUGAUUACCUUCGCACGAGGCUUCCAACUGAGCCCACCGUAAGACCUUCUCUUUUCUUGCAAUCUUGCCUCCUACCCGAACCGUUGACUUAGUUCGACUAGAAUCAUGUCGCCCGUAUCCCGCAACACGCACCAUACAUGGUUGGUUCUCAACGCAACCAGAUACACCAAGACCUACUCCUCGGUGGAACGGAUGUGGAAUGGGGUCCGUUCUUUAUUCCCGAGAAUAACAGCCUCUUAAGGUCGAUACCACCACACACGAUACCACCUCCAGAGCUGGAUCUUGACGUGCUCUCAUGGUCAGAAGCAGAGUCCCAAUCUUCCGCGUCCGACGCGACAGAACUUGCCCUCCCACAGGAGGACCUCUACUUCGAUCAUCCAACCACGAGCAUCUCCGAAGAAGACCGCGGUCCGCACGCCAAGCGUUUCAAGUGCCAUCAUUCCGACUGUACGUAUGCGACGCACUGUCAGCGAGACCUUCAGCGUCAUCUUCGGUGCAAGAAGCACAGAGACGCCAGCGCAGCUGCACCGGACAACCUGUUCCACUGCGAAUUCAGUACGUGCAAAUUCUUCGUCGAAGGCUUCACAAGGCGGGAUAACCUCUGGCGUCAUAGGAGGAAUGCUCAUGGUAUCAAGGUCUAGCAGAUAGAAACAGGCAGUAGCAAAAAGAGAAGGACACUAACCAGCUGACAUGUAACGGGACAACAGUGGACGGUUUGGUGUUUAGAGUUGUGGUAGUCAAUUUAAUUUCCUUUUUCGAUCCCGGUCUGGCCCACGUUUUCAAGUUCCCUUAUGAACGCGGCAUGUUUCUCGUCGCCACGACUUUCCUUCGCCCGCUGCAUCUC